AUGGUAGAGCAAGUGGCUUGUGAUCAGGUUCCUGAGGUCCCUGAUGGUGUUUUGGCUGGCACGGUUUUAUCUACAGCUGAAGUGCCGAACCUAGCUGAACUGCUGCAAACUGUUGUUGAUCACAAUCUCUUAGGUCAUCACCGGGUCAAUGAUGUUUCGAAUAUUGGAGUAUCAGUUUGGCAGCCUGAGAAGCAGCUAGCUGGUGAUGCUCCUGAUGAUGUUGACAUACCUGUGCCUGCUGGGGGCACUUUCAAGAGUUCACUUUGUCUGCAGGCGGCUGGUCAUGUGGAUGAUGGUGUUGAGGCUGUGUUUAGUAAACUUGAGGCAGAUGGUGCAGUCGGCGUUAAUGAUCCCUCUGAGGGUGAAGUUGAUGCACAGUCUCAACGAGGUUGGAGUAAACAUUGUUGGUCUUCUCGAUUGCGUUCUCGAUCGUCGAUAGUAAAAGAGCGAUAAUGUGGUGAUUUGACUUCAUCUGAAAACAGUGGCGAUGAAUCUGAUAGUGAUCUGUUUCCUGAUGCAAAUGUAUUGGAUUUGUCUGUCGCCGAUGAUGGUCAUGAACUAUUGGCAACGGUAGCGGAUAAUGGUAACUGGGACACUCCUUUAACUCAGUUUCCCCCCAACCUCCCUGGCAAGGCUCAAGGAGGUGAAUCAGUUUGUAUACCAGUGGACUCUCAAGCCUCUGAGGAAAGUCGUGUUAUUGCAGAAUUUUUUCCGAGUAUCCGGGAAAGGAUUAAUAAGGUCUCCAGUUAUUGA